GUACGUCGUGUCGGGCGUCACGGCCAGCUUCUUCAUCUGCACCGACGACUUCGGGUCCAGCGUCGCCGGGUCCAGCGUGGGCACCGCGCUCCAGACGCUCUUGCCCGAGUUCUUCUGCACGACGACGUACGUGAGGCCGCCGCAGCAGAACACGAGGCCGAUGAGGUACACCACGGACUGCAGUGGACGGGCGAGGAGUGCCAGGCCGGCGACGCGGGCCUGCCGGCCGCGUGCGCGCCGCCGCCGCCGACGCCCGCGCCGACGAAGGAGUUCCCGACGUGCGGCGUGCGCAUCAGCCUCGGCAACGGGGCUGGCUUCCAUUGCGAAGAUGAUCCCUCGGCGACGGAGCACGCCGGCAAGAAGAUCGUCUUCGCGUGCUGCGACGCCGACAUGCGUUACAGCACGUGCACGCGGGCGGAUGCGGACGGCGAGUGCUACGCGGGUUUCCUGAAUCCGGUAUCGAAUUUCGCGCCGAAGACGUGGCACGAGGCCACGAACGUGUGCGCGGCCGAAGGCAAGGUCCUCUGCGGCGUCGAGCAGCCGUGCAUGAACAAGGGGUGCCACUACAACGGUCACUACCAGUGGACGGGCGAGGAG